CAGUGUCGAAACACUCGACAGCCCUGACAACCCUGACAACGCUGUCAAAGUUCCGACAGCACAUUUUCUUUUUUUCUUCUACAACUGGUCGUCACGGCAUCACAAAAAAAAAUCCAAAAAGCUAGUGCUUAUAUUUUGUGGCCCUGUUCACGUACAAGUCUCGAUUUAUUUCUAAAUUUUGCAGAAAAUUGAAAGACGAGAUGGGAAAAAAGCAAAAGAGUCAUAAGGCCGCUGCGACCGCCGCUGCGACCGCCGCUGCGACCGCCGCUGCCACCGCCGCUGCCACCGCCGCUGCCACCGCCGCCCCUUCCACUUCAAAGAAGAGCAAAAACCCGGACUACAACGAAGCAAUGCAGCAACUGAUGGGGAUGACCAAGAAAUACCCUCAGCUGGGGUCCCAUGUUUGCACGGCUUUGUCUGAUGACGAGGUGGUCUCUGAUGACGAUGUGACUAAUGCUGUGGGCAGUUUGGACCCGGAAGCUGGGGCCAUGCCCCUCGGCGCACAUAAGCAGUCGCGUGGCGAGAAGAAGUCCCGCCGUUUGCUCUCGAAGCUAGACCUGAAGCCCGUGGAGAACGUCAGCCGCGUGACGAUGCGCAAGAACAAGAACAUCUUGCUCUAUAUGGAUCAGCCCGAUGUCUUCAAGGUCGGCGAUUCUUACCUUUGCUUCGGCGAGGUGAAAGUCGAGGACAUCACCCAUAUGGCCGCCGCUCAGGCUGCCCAGCGCUUUCGCGAGAACGCCACCGCAGCCGAUCAGAGCGACCGGGAGGCCCUUGCCAGGGCGAAAGCUAUGGAAAACGACCAGAAGGAGCCGGAGCUCGACGAGGCAGUUCUCAUGGAACUUGACGACAAGGACAUCGAACUGGUCCAGAUGCAGGCCACCUGCUCGCGCCCCAAGGCCAUCAAAGCCCUGCUGGAUAACGAGAACGAUGUGGUGAACGCCAUCAUGGCCCUCACCCUGGCCGGCAACUAAGCGCCGAAUCAUUUAAUCACUAAUCAUUUCAUUUAACAAUUCACAAUUGAUUCAACAAUAAAAAUGAUCUGAUCAUCCUUUUCUUAUUACUACA